GCCGAGAGCACUUCCACAUUCAGUCUCCCGUCAGCCAGCCCUGCUGGCCCUGCAAUGAGCGAUGCUGCCUCCGCCGCCUCGCUCGAUGGCAUCGCUCAGGGGUGGGAACCCGCGAGCACCUUCCCCACACAGGAGGCUGCCGCUGUCGCCGCUGCAGAAGAUGCUGCGAAACGGCAACGCAUCGCCCACGCUGUUGCCCCCGAAGACGCUGCUAGCCUUAAGGAGUACGUGGACACCACCAAGAAGAGCAUGCUCGCUGCCCUGGCCAACGUCCAGAACUCGGUGGCCACGCUCACUAACACCUUCACAAGCAGCUGGAAUGACAUCGACAAGAGGACCGAGGCGCGGCUCAACGGUGUGGAAUGCCGCCAGUCUGCCCAAGAAGCCCGCAUCGACGUCCUCGAAGGCCAGAUCCGCUCGCUCACGGAGACCCUCGGCGACAUCAAAGCUGCUCGCCCAGCUCCUGCUGCCGCUCCUGGCUUCAAUCGCAAUACCGACCCGACCAUCCUUCUGCUCCGCACCAAGCUGUCCUGCGCCAAAGCUGGUGUCCUCGCUGCGCUCUCCGACUGGCUCGGCCGUGCCCAGCUCAACGAGUCUGACUUCUCAGUGGAAGGCGAACCUGUUUCCAACAGGUACAUCCUGCGGAUCAAUGGUUCGGUCCCCUACGCCUCUCGGAAAGUCCAGCAGGCCCUCGGCGCUCUUCGUCGACAUGACCAGACAUGGGAGCGCUUCCAGUGCCAGGCCCCCGACAACUCCACGCAGGAGAUAUUCAUCUCUGGUGACAAGAACGUGGCCCAGGUCAAGGGAGAGCUCGGCCUCAAACGUGUUCGCCGUGAGCUCGAACUCCACUACGGGCACCUUCGCUUCUACAGUGACAAAGACAAGGGUGAGAUCUCAUGCCAGUGGAAGCCGCUGGUGCAUGUGGAACCACAGGCUGGAGAAGCACCGCCCAAGCUAUCGUUCUGCCUCGCAAACCUCAACGCGCUGGGGAUCGACAAGACCAAGAUCCUUGAUGGCGUCAUGGCUGGCUUCAAGUCCGCAAGUGAGGCGCUGUUCCACUACAAGGCCGGCAUUCGCUCCAGGAAGCUCGCACUUGCGCGCUCGCUGUGGAAGACUGGAUCGAUCAUCUCGCUCCAAGAGACCCGCGGCACGAUGACUGAGUUGCGGGACUUCGCCUACUUCUCCAACUCCGCCUUCUCUUUCGCCUCUUCGUUCUGGGCAUCUGGAUAUCACAUUUUCAUGUUCAUCUCCAUGGGCUUUCUGUGGGAGAACGGCACCUCGUUGCUCAGGCUGGUUAUCGUGGCUGGAGAUUUGAAUCUGGCCGACUCGGCCCGGCGCUCGCUGGGCGCAGACUCCUCCAUUGACCCGCUAGAUACCCUUCGAGAUUGGCGCGCUUCCAGGGGCGCGAUUUUGAGUCCUGUUUUCAGCUCCAUGACAGAAAUCGAGACCCCUGACCCCGCCCACUACAACCGCGCGCUGGGAACCCUGAACACCAUAGAUCCGAUCUUCGUGAGCUUUCCUGGGUGGGUCUGCAACCAGCUGUUUACCAGCGGCCAGGCGAGGAUCAUGAGGGAGGCUGCGUCUGUUGCUAGGAACGCCAUGAUUGUGAAGCGCCCCGAGUCGAUAGAUACCAAGUUUUUGAUUAUCAAGAGCAUCAGUCGAGCGGUUUGGAGGCAGGAUAUCAUUUUAGCAGAACGACUCAGAGCGUCACACUUCUUGGCCCGUCAGUACCUGGACGUUGACGUCCUCGCGCGCACGGUGACCCUCCUGCGCGUUUUUGAAUUCUUGCAGGUCUCUUCCGAGCUCCACAGGAGUAUCUCUGAGCGCGAGCAGGCUGAGAUCAGGGCCAGCCUGACGAGGGUGCAGUCAGAGAGCCAGAAGCGGAAGCUCAAGAGAAGACUCCGCGCUGUGGUUCAGCGCAGUCGCUUAUGGAGUCCGUUUGACCGCCGAGUUUCGCUUCGCGGCGUGCCCUGUGGGGAUGGUGUCUGCACGGAGCCUGGAAAAAUGGUGGAAGUAUUAUCUCGGCAUUGGUCCUCCGUAUUCUCGAAAAAGCAGAUCGACUCCAAGAGCGCCCAGAGGUACUUCGACCGUUUCGGCGUCUCCCCUGACCUGAUGAACUUGCCCCCUCCCCCCCUUCGCUCCGUGAAGAAAUGCAUCCAGGGCCUCGAGCACUCGGCCCCUGGCCCCGACGGGCUCCCGUUUGCUGCAUGGCAAGGGCACCCUGAAGGCUUUCUUAUUCUCGACAAAAUGAUGUGGUGGAUUCUCAACGGCAACCCCCCAAUGGCCUCCUUCAGUGACCUCCGCAAGGUGUUCGUUCCCAAAGGCUCCGAGGCCUCCGACGAAAUCGCCAUUCAUCGGGGCCCCAACCAGACUCGCCCCCUUGGUCUCAAAAACGCCGCGAACAAUAUCUUCACGGGAAUCGUUUGCCGCGAACUCAGCAAAACUCUGGAUACCUUCACUGCCCCGAUACAGCGUGGUUUCGUGGGCGGUCGGAACUUCGGGACCAACAUACUCGAGCUAGAUACAUACUCCUGGGUGUACGGCAUGCAUAUCGCGGACCCAAAUGUAGCCAUCUCGCACAAGCCAGUUCUUGUCAGUUUCGAUUACGGCCAGGCCUUCCCGUCGAUUGCGCAUGAAUGGCUGCUAAUGUGCCUUCGACGUCUUCGCAUCCUCUCCCCGCUCCUCUUCUUCUUCGAGAUCCUCUACAGUGCUGUCCGGUGCUUCGUGCGCACCAACAACGCGCUCCGCUUCGCCUUCAAGAUAGAGAGUGGCAUCAUCCAGGGCUGUCCCGCAUCAGGCAUGAUCUACGCCAUCGCUUCGAAUCCCUUCCUGUCCGACAUCGAU